UUUGGAAUUGAACUCAAAGCUUGGGCAUUCCCUAGAGAGAGAGAGAGGUUGUUUUGGAGCAAAAAAAAAAAAAAAACUAGAGAGAGAGAGUUCUUGAAGAGAGAGUGUGUUUUAGUUUUUGGGCAAAAAUAUCAGAGAGUGAUAGUGAGUGAGAGAGAGAGAGAGAGAGAGAUGUUGCAGUGGGCAUGGGCAUACACAUUGGCAGCGGCCAUGGCGAUGUUACCAGCCUCCACAGGGCUCGGCUUCAGCUGCAAGUCCCCCUCUUCAACCACCUGCCAAGCCUUUGUGGGCUACUUCCCCCAAAACACCACCACCGCCCAUAACAUAACCGCUCUCUUCAGCCUCUACUCCGCUUCAUCUCUGUUCGCCGCCAAUUCUCUCCCCGCCUCCACACCAUCCUCCCACUCCUUCCCCUCCGGCCGGCCCGUCCGCGUUCCAAUCAUCUGCCGCUGUACAAACGGCAUCGGCAUCUCGGACGGCACCCCUAAUUACACCGUCGUCAAAGAUGAUACUCUCUCUCUCAUCUCUGAAACCCUGUUUUCGGGCCUGCUUACUUUCCCCGAUAUUGCACAAGUCAACAAUAUUUCCGAUCCCAAUCGUAUUCUUGUCGGGCAAAAGCUUUGGAUUCCUCUGCCUUGCAGCUGCGAUGAGGUGGAGGAGAGGAGGGUGGCGCAUUACGCACAUGUGGUGGUGGCUGGGUCGACCACAGACGAGAUUGUGGCACGCUUCGGAGUGAAGAAAUCGGUGCUGCUGUCGCUUAACAAUAUUACCGAUUCUUCUCUCAAGGCCGGGGCGGUGCUUGAUGUGCCACUACCAGCUUGUUAUGCCACUAUGGAUGAUCGAUCAAUGGAUCACAACUUGAUCGUCCCCAAUGGGAGCUAUGCCCUCACUGCCAACGAUUGUGUGGAGUGCUUGUGCAACUCUACAGACCUCAGGUUACAGUGCAAGCCAUUUCAGGUCACAAACAUUUGCCCAUCCAUGUCUUGUGAAGUAAGCGGCCUUGCUAAUGAUCUUCCUCUUGGCAACACUCUUUCCAGUAGCGCAAAUUCUACCUCAACGGCCUGCCCAUCGGCCACUUGCGCUUACCAGGGCUACACCAACGCCACCAUCUUCACUAAGCUCGAUACUUCCACAUGUUCAGGUGGGCCCCCUAGUUUUGGGUCGAUUGCUCGAGUGGUUGCGAGAUGGUGGGGCCUCUUGUUUCUAACAACACUCUUCUUACUCUCCUAAAAAGAAAUCACAUCUGAGAAGCACAUAUGCUUCAAUUUUGGACUCAGUUACUGUUGAAAAGGCGGAGCAGAACGUUGUUAUUGUGUGAAUCUUUUUCAUUUUGGAAAACGCAGUUAUUCAUAAUGUACUGUGUUGUAACGUACCGUAUUUUGUUUUUUUCUGUUACGUUCAUUGUGUUA